UCUGCAGCCGCCGCCGCCACAGCCACCUUCUCCUCCUCUGUCCUCUUCUGUCCUCGCCUUCUGUCGAUCAUCAGGCUUUGAACCAGUAUGGCUGAACCCCGCCAGGAGUUUGACACAAUGGAAGAUCAUGCUGAGGGCUACACUCUGCUCCAAGACCAGGAAGGAGACAUGGACAACGGCUUAAAAGAGUCUCCCCCACAGCCCCCCGCCGAUGAUGGAUCGGAGGAACCAGGGUCCGAGACCUCUGAGGCUAAGAGCACUCCAACCGCUGAAGACGUGACUGCACCCCUAGUGGAAGAGAGAGCUUCCGACAAGCAGGCUGCUGCCCAGCCCCACACGGAGAUCCCCGAAGGAACCACAGCUGAAGAAGCAGGCAUUGGAGACACCCCGAACCUGGAGGACCAAGCCGCUGGGCACGUGACUCAAGAGCCGGAGAAGGUCCAGAAUUUCCCAGAAAGUUUGCUUGGCGAGCCAGGGCGCCCUGAAGGCCAGGCUCCAGACUCAGGGAUCUCUGAUUGGAUCUGCCAACCGGUGCCUAGCGUGUCUGGGGCUCCCCUCCUGCCACAAGGCCUCAGAGAGGCUACGUGCCAACCUUCGGGGACAAGACCUGAGGAUGUAGAGAGAAGCCACCGGCCCUCUGAGCUGCUGCAGCAAGAGCCACCUCUGAAGGAGGGAUGGGGCAAAGACAGGCUGGGGAGUGAGGAGGAGGUGGAUGAAGAUCUUGACAUGGAUGAAUCAUCCCAGGAGUCCCCUCCCUCCCAGGCGCCCCUGGACCCAGGCAGGGCAGCCCCUCAGCCUGUCUCCAGGGAAACCACUGGCAUGCCUGGUUUCCCAGGUGAGGGUGCCGUCCCACUUCCUGUUGACUUCCUCUCCAAAGUCUCCACAGAGACCCAGGCCUUGCAGCCCGAAGGGCCUGGCACAGGGCCCAUGGAGGAAGGGCACGAGGCUGUCCCAGAGUUCACAUUCCACGUGGAAAUCAAAGCCAGCGUGCCGAAGGAGCAGGAUUUGGAAGGGGCGACAUUGGUGGGGGCGCUUGGAGAGGAGCAACAGGCCCAGGGCCCCUCUGUGGGAAAGGACACCCAAGAGGCUAGCCUUCUGGAGCCAUCCGAGAAGCAGCCCGCAGCUGGACUGCCGGGAAGGCCAGUCAGUCGGGUCCCUCAACUUAAAGCUCGAGUGGCCGGUGUCAGCAAAGACAGGACUGGAAGCGACGAGAAGAAAGCGAAGACAUCCACACCCUCCUGUGCUAGAACCCUGAGCAAUAGGCCCUGCCUUAGCCCCACACGCCCCAGUCCUGGUAGCUCAGACCCUUUGAUCAAACCCUCCAGCCCUGCCGUGUGCCCUGAGCCAGCCACCUCUCCUAAACACGUCUCUUCUGUCACACCCCGAAAUGGCAGUCCUGGAGCAAAGCAGAUGAAACUCAAGGGGGCCGAUGGUAAAACUGGAACCAAGAUCGCUACACCUCGGGGAGCAGCCCCUCCAGGCCAGAAGGGCACAUCCAACGCCACCAGGAUCCCGGCCAAGACCACGCCCAGCCCAAAGACCCCUCCAGGCUCAGGUGAACAACCAAAAUCCGGAGAACGCAGCGGCUACAGCAGCCCCGGCUCCCCUGGGACCCCUGGCAGUCGCUCCCGCACCCCAUCCCUACCGACGCCGCCCACCCGGGAGCCCAAGAAGGUGGCAGUGGUCCGCACUCCCCCCAAGUCGCCCUCUGCCAGUAAGAGCCGCCUACAGACCGCCCCUGUGCCCAUGCCAGACCUGAAGAAUGUCAAGUCCAAGAUUGGCUCGACUGAGAACCUGAAGCACCAACCAGGAGGUGGCAAGGUGCAGAUAAUUAAUAAGAAGCUGGAUCUUAGCAACGUCCAGUCCAAGUGUGGCUCGAAGGACAAUAUCAAACACGUCCCGGGCGGCGGCAGUGUACAAAUUGUCUACAAGCCAGUGGACCUGAGCAAGGUGACCUCCAAGUGCGGCUCCUUAGGCAACAUCCAUCAUAAACCAGGAGGGGGCCAGGUGGAAGUAAAAUCUGAGAAGCUGGAUUUCAAGGACAGAGUGCAGUCUAAGAUUGGUUCCUUGGAUAAUAUCACCCACGUCCCUGGAGGAGGGAAUAAGAAGAUUGAAACCCACAAGCUGACCUUCCGGGAGAACGCCAAAGCCAAGACAGACCAUGGAGCAGAAAUCGUGUACAAGUCGCCUGUGGUGUCUGGGGACACAUCUCCACGGCACCUCAGCAAUGUGUCCUCCACGGGAAGCAUCAACAUGGUGGACUCCCCACAGCUUGCCACACUAGCCGAUGAAGUUUCCGCUUCUUUGGCCAAGCAGGGUUUGUGAUCAGGCCCCUGGGGCGGCAAAUAAUCGCGGAGAGAAGAGAGAGUGAGAGUGUGGAAGAAAAAAAAAAAGAAUGAUCUGGCCCCUCGCCCUCUGCCCUCCCCACUGCUCCUCACAGACCGGCUGACCGGCUUGUCACCUAACCUGCUUUUGUGGCUCGGCUUUGGCUGGGGACUUCAAAAUCAGUGAUGGGAAUAAGAGUAAAUUUCAUCUUCCAAAUUGAUUCGUGGGCUAGUAAUAAAAUAUUUUUUAAGAAAAACAUGUAAAAACAUGGCCAAACCCAACAUUUCCUUGGACAAUUGCUAUUGAUUCCCCCCCCCCAACCCCCUUGAGUCUUAGAGGGUGAAGGAGGCUCUGAAGGUUGUUUCUGGGGAGUUUUAAGGGACUAGGGCAACUGAUUGCCGCAGCCCCACCCUAGGGGCAUCAGGGACAGCAGCAGCGACAAAAGAUUAGGAACUUGGUGUGUUUGUGGAGCUAUAGGCAGGCAGGCGAUGCUAAUGUGUGUGGAUGUGAAGCGGGGCUGAGGCAGCAAAGGCUGAGAGAUGGGUGUCAGGGAGUCAGAGGAGAGAGGGAAGGAAGACAGGCUCCUGCCAAGUCGCUUGGGAAGAACAGGUAGCCCCAGUCACCUGCAGCAGCCUUAGAAGGCACAACUGCCUGUUUGGUAAGGCCCUGGGAAGUAUGUGCCCCUUCUGUAGGGCAGCCCAGGCUGGAAGGUGGUAUCUUGUUGCUUGGUUCUCUGAAGGCUGACCUUGACAUCACAGGGCACUGGUUUAUUCCUCCCUCUCCGCAGCGUGGGAGUCCUGAGCUGAGGGGCUUCAUUCUCCUCUCACAGAAAACCCUGCUUUAUUGAGUUCUGAAGUUUGGAAUUGCAGCCAUGAUUUUGGCCACUUCACAGACCCGGGACUUUAGGCUAACCAGUUCUUCGUAAGGACUUGUGCCUCUUUGGGGACAUCCGCCUGUUCUCAAGCUUGGUCCUCUGGCAUUUCUGCAGGGUGAGGGAUGGAGGAGGGGCGGACAGGCCUCCCACCCUCCCACAGCCACUGCAGCCCCUCCACCUGUCCAUCACACCCACGUGUCUGCCGAGAGCCAGUCACUGCCGUUCUCUCAUCCCGUCUCACUGUCCUGAGUGCUUAGCCUCCCCGCCCCCAUCCUGGCCCUGGGUAGAUGUGGGUAGUACCUGCUCUACACUAAGAGCUGGAGUCCAGGGAGGGCAAAGAUUUGAAGCUCAGUCUCUAGUCCUACGUUCCACAAAUCCAACCAGUGUGCCUGGAGAUGACCCUGGACACUUCUGUCUGCUUUUUUUGUUUUAAACUUUAAAUAGUGGUUGCCUCCUAGGUAGGCCCGGCCCUCUUCUCGUGUUGAGCUGGAGGCAAUUCAAGUGCCAAUAUGUUGGCACCAGUAAGAGCAGACAAGACUCCCAGGGCAGGGCCACGUUCCUCUCAUCCUUCUCUUCCACCCCAGCUUGUGAUUGCUAGCCUCCCAGAGUCCAGCCACCAGUAAGUCCCCGUGCACAUAAUCAGCCCUCCACACCCCAACUUGGGGAACAUACCCCCUGGGAAUGUUCUCCUCCAAUCCCCAUGGAAGCGGUGCUGCCUGCCCUGCUGGAGCAGUCAGACAUCUUCAUAGAUACAGCCCUUCCCUCCCCGUCUACACCCUGUGCGUUGUAGUUGGAUUUGUCUGUUUGUGUGGGUUCACCAGUGACUAUGAUAGUGAAAAGAAAGGAAAAAAGAAAAAAAGAAAAAAAAAGGACGCAUGUAUCUUGUAAUAUUUGUCAAAGGGUUCUAGCUCACCACCAGGGAUGGAGGUCCUGGGUAUUUCUUGGCUCCAGGCCAGUGCAGUGCUUCACUGCUAGGACAUCCUAUAUUUUCAAAGCUUUCCUCUGCAACUGGGACCUCACAGACACUGGAUUGUGACAUUGGAGGUCUCUUAGCUGCCCAGGCCUGAAGCACAGGACCAGAGAGACUCCACCUGUCAGGGAGAGCUUCCUGCUGGCCUGUUUUGCAGAGUGAAGAUGGUCCUGCCUAAUCACAGCCUCAUGUCCCACAGCAGCCCUGUAAGAUGGGCUGAUAACUACUGCAUCCCAAGAGACAAGGGCAUCAGUGUCAGCUGCGAGAGCUGUGGCCCUAGAAAUCCCAUGAUUCUCCAGAAGACAUCCUUGGGCCCUCUCCAAAGCCUCGGCUGCCUUACCACAGGGCUUGGGAUGAACUGCCCCACUGAGGAAGGGGACAUCGUAGGAGACUCCCUUGGUGUCCGAGGUGUCAGCCCACUGACCUUGCAUGAGCAUCUCCUACAGCUGCAGGGAAGAGGCCUCAGGAGAAGCAUAGGAGCCUCAGGCCCAAUUUUAUCACUUCUGGCUUGGAUACAGUUGAGGAGUUAAGGACAGACACUGUGGAUGGUAGAAGGAAGCAGCCAGCCUUUCCCAUUAAAGAACAACCUACGGAGAAGCUCUCAGAUGCUGACGGGCCCAAUGGAGAAAAGGGAAGUGUGGCUUGAAGCAUUGUCCCUUCAUCAUGGCUACCUAUUCUGGUUUUUAUCUUACUUCCCAUUGUCCAUUCUGCAGUUCCUGUCCUUGAAUGGGGACACUAAAAUAUCUCUUGUAGGGAGAACAGCCCCAAAAUAAUUAUUUGGAGUUAUCAGGUCAGUGCUGGCUGAUAGGCAGUUUACAAUGAGAGUCUGGCUUGCGACUUCAGUGAGGACAAUCCCCCAGGGGCACAGCACCUGUCCUUUCUUCCCAUGCUUCCCUAGUCCAGAGCUGAUGUCUUACUUAGGGUGGGCUAGAUAGGGUAUACCAUAUGCCUGGUUCCUCCAAGCUCUUAAUUCACUUUAUCAAUAGUUCCAUUUAAAUUGACAAUGGUAAGACUGUAUCCUGUUUGAGAUUGCUUUGUGCUAUGGGGGGAGGGGGGAGGAGGAACAUGUUAAGAUAUUUCACAUGGGCAAAUGGAAGCCUUGGAGUGUAGCCAUCUGUAACCUUCAUGAUUAUGACCACUUGCUAGAGAGAAGUGCCAUGGCUUUAGCCUGGAGGCUUGUGACAGGCUUUCCCAAGGCAGAGACAGCCAGCUAGUUCCCUGCCUUCCCAGCCAGGUGUAGCUCCCAGGUUUGUGUAGGAAUCUAUGAACUACUCUUGUCUGCUGCCUUCUUUUGGUGUCCAGAGCCCACCAUCCUGCCUCUUUAAAACCCUGGCUUCCUUCCCUCUAAGUCACUGGCACAUCAGUUACCACUUCUGGGCUGGCUUCAGAUCCACAGCCUACAACUACUAGCAGUAGCCAAGACCUCUUCCUUUAGUCUGUUCUCCAGUGAAAUAAGUGGGGCCCAGGGCAGAGGUGGUAACCAACUAUCUGAGGUUCUAUGAGCCUCCAAACUUCUCUCUGGCUUCUGGAAGGGUUACUGUGGGCAGUAUCUCAGUCUCACCCUCCUGAUGGAUUGCAGCCUGUGCAGUUACUGUGCUGGGCAUGAUCUCCAGUGCUUGCAAGUCCUAUGAUUUCUUUGGUGAUUUUGAGGGGGUGGGGGAGGGACAUGGAAUCAUUUUAGCUUAGCUUCCUGUCUGUGAAUGUCCAUGUAGUGUAUUGUGUUUUAACAAACGAUUUACACUGAUUGUUGCUGUAUAAGUGAAUUUGGAAAUAAAGUUAUUACUCUGA